AUGGAAGACGACAAUUCAAUAGCAGUAGAUCAAUGGCUUAGAGAGACCCUUCAGACUCUUUGCCAGCUACACCUCACUCCUGAGGUUGACCAAAAAUCCAAACAAACUCGACCCGUUGCCUGCACUAUAAGAUUCCAAUAUUUGUUCACUGAUUUCCCCAAUGAGAACGGGCUUGGCGUUUCUUUUAUCCCUCCUCUCCAGCUUCUCUUCCCUUCUUUUCCUUUCACUCACUAUUCCCUUCUCUGUCUGUCUUUUAACUCAUCUCAAAAUCACUCAUACAUACAAAUAUAUAAAACAUCCUUUCUAGUCAUCACUAUAUUUACUCUUCAUGCAGUGGCUAUUGACUGCAUCUCCAGCAUACCAUCAAUGCCUCGCCAUCCAAAAGACGAAGAAAACGAUGAGCUGAGAAAGCUUGUUUUCGACGCGUCGGUCCUUCGGUUCGAAUCCCGAAUUCCGAAAGAAUUUAUAUGGCCUGAUGAUGAAAAGCCUUGCGCAAAUCCACCAGAACUCCAAGUACCCCUCAUUGAUCUAGGAGGCUUCCUUUCUGGUGACCCUGUUGCCACAAUGGAAGCUUCAAGGCUUAUCAGCGAGGCGUGUCGGAAGCACGGUUUCUUUCUCGUCGUUAAUCACGGAGUCGGUUCGAAACUCUUGACCGAUGCUCAUGGUUAUAUGGAUAACUUCUUUGAAUUGCCUCUAUCCGAAAAGCAAAGGGCUCAAAGACUAUUCGGUGAGGAUUGUGGAUAUGCUAGUAGCUUCACAGGCAGAUUCUCCACCAAGUUGCCAUGGAAGGAAACGCUUUCGCUUCGCUAUUCCGCUAAGAAUAACUCAUCGAAGAUGGUGGAAGACUACCUCGUUGAUAAAAUGGGAGUCGAAUUCCGGCAAUUCGGGAGGGCUUACCAGGACUACUGCUUGGCGAUGAGCAAGCUUUCGUUAGGGAUAAUGGAGAUUUUAGCCAUUAGCCUGGGCGUAAACAGAUCACAUUUCAGGGAAUUCUUUGAGAAAAAUUCAAUAAUGAGGCUAAACUACUAUCCACCUUGUCAAAAACCGGACCUCACUUUAGGGACAGGGCCUCAUUGCGAUCCAACGUCCUUAACCAUCCUUCACCAAGACAGGGUCAGUGGCCUUCAAGUGUUUGUAGACAACGAAUGGCGCUCAAUCAGCCCGAAGUUCGAAGCAUUUGUCGUUAACAUUGGCGACACCUUUAUGGCACUGUCGAACGGGAGAUACAAAAGCUGCUUGCACCGGGCGGUCGUGAACAGCCAAAAGACAAGAAAAUCUCUGGCUUUCUUUUUGUGUCCAUCGGGUGAUAAAGUGGUAGCCCCACCAGCCGAGUUGGUGAACCAAAACAGUCCACGAGUGUACCCAGAUUUUACAUGGCCUAUGCUGCAUGAGUUCGUACAGAAGCAUUACAGAGCCGACAUGAACACUCUCCAAGUGUUCUCCAACUGGGUUCAACACAGAAACAGCUGAACCUCUUCUUGUCUGAAAAUAAAAACAGACUUGUUACUUUGAAAGGAAGACCCAAAGGCCAAAAAAAAUGCUUCUUUUUUCAUGUUCAUGGCGUGAGGUGGUGAUAAAAAGCUCAUUAGUGAUGGACAAAGGGCCUUCAAUUUCCAUUGAUAAUACAGAAUGGCAAUCAGUAGAAUCACCUCUCUUCUACAUGUAAGAAAACAAAAUUAAGCUACUUAAUUAAUUACUACUAGUUCUUUCCUCAACCGACUUCAAUUCAUUGCACAGACUGGUUUUA